AUGUCGGCCAGCCCAGCACACAGUCUGGCCCGGCGCUCCUCUGCGGUACGCGUCAGCAAGAACUGUCUGCGCUGCAUCUGCCAGGCGCGCGGCUGCGACUGGAGCGUCGGCUGCCAGAAUGACGUGUGCGGCGCGUACAUGAUGAACGAGGACUACUUCAUCACCAGCAACGUCACCAGCCGGGCCAACCUCUACAAGGCUUACACCUUCCAGAGGUGCGCCAGCAACCCGGCGUGCGCCACCCUGGCCGUGAAGCUCUUCCUGCAGAAGCUGCCUUCGGACUGCGACGGCGACGGAAUCAUCGACUGCGACGACUUCGUCAAGGAGCACUACUACGGCCCGAACGGCUUCGAAUGA